UCCAUGAAAACACCGGACGGACCCACGGAGGGCUUCGUUGCACAUUGCCCGUCAUAACCACUACACUUUCAACAGGAAUCCAUCAACAUUUCGACGGCAAGGGGUGCAGCGUCUGUGGAAAAGACUGAUGAGGUGAAAAAAAAUCCCAAAGGAAGCCGCUGUGGUUCGUCUGUUGGGCCUAACUCUGAGUGACCCUACUGCCUGCCUGCCUGCCCCCCCCCUGUCAUUUCAAGAGGAGGCAGGGGUCCCUCUGGGUGCCCCCCUUUCACGAAACACCAUGUGCCAAAGCUGGAGCGGACUAACUUUGACCCCAUAGACUGCCAAACCUCUUGUGUACCUUCCCCUCUAGUCUGAGGACCCUCCUGAUCCUCCACACUGCCCCCCGGUCAACAUGAAGAGGGUAGUGGCAUGGACAGCCGAGGAUGUCUCUGACUGGUUAAGCAAAGAGGGGAUGCCAGAGUACAUCGAUACCCUCCAUCAAACAAACGGCUCUGCCCUGCUCAGGCUCACAGAGGCAGAUUUCCAGACGGUGCCCCUCUCGCUGGUUUCGUCUGAUGGCGGUCAGCAACUGUUGGAGAAAGUGGAGACGCUGCGGAUAGAGACUCAUAUUGAGGCUCAUAAAAAUGGGCAUGCAAAUGGGCACGCUGGUGGACUGCCCAACGGGACUAGUAAACCCUUAAGGAAUGGUACAUUGGGCAUGAAGAACUUGCCAGAAAUGGUCCACAUCCGCAUCCCUAUGACGGAAGCGACACGCCCCUCCUUCCCUGCUGAGUGGGGCAAGACUGGCAUAGCAUUCAUCUACGCAGUGGUGUGCUUUGUCACCACCACUGUCGUCAUCUCGGUGGUCCACGAGAGAGUACCGCCAAAGGAGCACACCCCACCACUGCCCGAUAAGUUCUUUGACAUGUUUGACAGGAUAUCGUGGGCCUUCUCCAUCUGUGAGAUCAAUGGCAUGCUGCUGGUGGGACUCUGGCUGAUCCAGUGGCUUCUACUCAAGCACAGGUCAAUUAUAGGCAGGCGGUUUUUCUUCAUUGUGGGCACACUCUAUAUGUACCGGUGUAUUACAAUGUACAUCACCACUCUGCCUGUUCCCGGGAUGCACUUCAAAUGCUCUCCAAAGCUUCUUGGGAACUGGGAAGCACAGAUGAGGAGAGUAAUGAAGAUGAUUGCUGGUGGGGGCCUUUCCAUCACAGGUUCCCACACCAUGUGUGGAGAUUAUCUGUACAGUGGCCACACAGUAAUGUUAACACUAACAUACCUCUUCAUCAAGGAGUAUUCCCCCAAACGCUUCUGGUGGUACCACUGGUUUUGCUGGACAUUGAGCGCUGUGGGAAUUUUCUGCAUUCUCCUGGCUCAUGACCACUACACUGUGGAUGUGGUGGUGGCAUAUUUUAUCACUACACGCCUCUUCUGGUGGUACCACACUAUGGCCAACCAGCAGUCGCUGAAAGAGACUUCACAGAGUAACCCGUUCUCACGGGUGUGGUGGUACAGACUGUUCCAAUACUUUGAAGAAAACGUCAACGGCACGGUCCCUCGGAACUAUCAGCUGCCGCCAUCAUGGCGAGUGUUGCAGUGGAGCCGCAGUGUUAAGUACAGCAAACUGGACACCCAGUGACCCUUACGUCAAAGCAGGCGAGGACUGUGACUUCCUGAAGUGCUGUCUUUACCUGUGAAGACGGCAGAGUUUAAUGUAGCGCUGUCCUCCCCCCCUCUAGUAACAGACACAACCUCUCCAAAUGGGUAACACUGUGACCCACCUAGUAUUUUUUUUUUCUCCAGGUGUAUAUGUACUAUAUAUAUAUUAUUUCUGUUAUCUUGUCCUCUUUCUCUUCUGGUAGUAUUUGUCAACUCAGAGCACUAAUUUAUAUUUGUUUUGUGUCUUUUCCUCUCUGUGGGCCACAUAACAGUUUCUGCUUUUGUAGCGGAUCAAUGAAGCAUUUCAAAAAACUUGUCAAUACUCAAAGUUUUUGGCCAUAAAGACUCAACAAACUUUUUUUUUUCACUCAGCACAAAAACUUAAUGUUAAUGUCUUUAUGUUUGUACAAAUUUUUUAGUGCAAAUAGUGUCAAUCAAAUCCAUAUUUGAUAACCAAAAUGCCAUAAGCAUUUUUCUUUUCUUUUUUUUAUUAUAGCAAAUUACGUUUUGUAAACUGUCCUUGCUAAAAUGAGUCAAAGGUGCAAAAAAACUUUUUUCUAAGUAUGUCAAACCUUAUUUUUUCAGAAACAAAUGAUGUCCAACACAAGAUUUUUAGAUUUUUACCUUUUUCAAGAUGGAUAACUGAGAGCAUAAGAAUCUAAUGUGGUAUAACAUUAUUCCAGUGCCUUUCUUAGCUUGAUUGUAAAACAGUUCAAGUACUAUGUGUCUUGUUUCCCUCUGCUGUGGGUGUGAACACUCCGCAGUACGAGGUGGUACUUAGUUAACAGUCUUGUUCAAUUGAAUGUAAAAACGACUACGCCAGCCUUACCAGAAGAUUGGUCUUCCCAAAUUUAAAUGCAGUGAGUGAAAUGUCCCAUUUAUUUAUUGAUGCUUUAUGAUGUCAGUUUGUGCUUGGUUAGUUAAUACUGUUCUAACAGAAAAAUGACUGUUAAUUGUAUUUUUUUUCUCAUGUCUGUACCAUUUCAUUUUACCAAUCAAUCUUUAACCAACACCAGCCAUGUUUAAAACCUGACCUUUGAUGCUCAGUCUGCAGGCUUUACUGUAUCUGCCAAACAUCACUGCCUGAUCGGAAAUUUGAUCAGAAAUAUCUCUGAGGUGCGAAAUUUUGUUUUUCUGCAUGUGGCAUCAUUGCUGCAUCUCCUCAGAGAUGAUAAUGAGCCUCGAUCUUGUUCCCCACAUUGAGUCCCACUUCAGAAUUGGAAAUAUUCUCAUUAACAUCUUGUCUUGUACCCUUUUAUUGAUGAGAUGUUGAGGAAAAUGUACAAUAUGACAGUUGUACUGAGUUUAGGGAAUGUUAAUGGCGUGAAAACUGAAACUUUAGGCAAAGUUUCUGAGCAUGUCUGUAAUGGUUCUGUAUUUGUAUGGUUUAUCAAAUCAAGCUGCUACCACACACUCUGAAGAAACUGUAUCCUCUACAUUGUGUCCCAGGUGCAAUGCCCAAACAAACACUCAAUAUGGGACUUGUGUAAGGGGAACAAGUUGAAGCAUGAUACACAGAGCGGGUGAUAGAUUUGGCCAUACGAGUGCACAUACGAUAACACUGAUUUCCAUGAAUGUGAAAAUGCAUCCUUGUUGAUGAUCCUAAUUAUGUACACGUUGACUGAACUUUAAUGAAGUAUUACACAAGUUCAUCUGUAGCUUUGAAGCUUUUGAAACUGCACUAAGCUCAGUACAAAUUCCAGGUAAAUAAUGACAAUAAAGGAUUAAUUUCAUUAAACAUUGUCAAAAGAAGGAGGUGACCAAAUAGCAUUUUCAACAUGAAGAAGUCUACAGAUAAUAUAGACUUCCCCUCCUUCCUGUAGCAUUGUCCAAUCAUUUCACUUUCACAGAUGAAGGUUUUUCAGCUUUGAAGAGCACAAAAGGUUCCUCAUAUAUGGCCAUAUUUUGAUUAUAGUCCAAACUCAGCUCUAAUAACGUUUGAGGGCCUUGAUAUGGAUGAAGGGUGGAGUUUAAGUUUGCUAAUCAAGCUGUCUUUUUUUUUUUUGUCUUAAAGAAAUCAAAUUCGGUUAUCCUGUAUGUCUCUAAACUUCUCACCCAGUUUGUCCCUUUUUGUGUGUAUACCAGAUGUUUGUAAGAUACGAUAAAGGAAUCUACUUGGGGCGCUUUUGAAUAAAAGAUUUUACUAUAACGUA